CGGAUCCGGUUGGAGUGGCGGCUGGGUGGCUCUGGAGAUGGCGGAGGGUCAGAGUAGGAGCUGGGUUGGGAAGGUUGGGAGCCGGGCCUCGCUGCCCGUAUUUCUGCUACUCGCCUGCCUCCUGUCCCUGGCGAAUGGAGCUGGACGGACGCUGGUGCUUCUGGAGAACAUCAACAUGAAGGAAACGCAUUCGAUAUACUUCAGGAGCCUGGCGGAUCUUGGGUUCAAUUUGACAUUCAAGAUUUCAGAUGAUCCUGGUCUGUCUCUAAUUAAACAUGGAGAGUUUCUAUAUGACCACCUCAUAAUUUUUUCACCAUCUGUGGAAGAUUUUGGAGGCAACAUUAAUGUUGACACUAUUGCCACAUUCAUUGAUGGAGGUGGAAAUGUACUGGUCGCUGCGAGCUCAGACAUUGGGGAUCCUUUACGAGAACUGGGUAGUGAAUGUGGCAUUGAAUUUGAUGAGGAAAAGACUUCAGUUAUUGACCAUCAUAAUUAUGAUGUUUCUGAUCUUGGUCAGCACACCCUGAUCAUUGCUGACAGUGAUCAAUUGCUGAAGGCUCCCACCAUUGUGGGGAAGCGGCCAACAAACCCUCUUUUAUUCCGAGGAGUUGGUAUGGUUGCUGAUCCUGAUAAUCCUUUGGUCUUGGAUAUUCUGACUGGAUCUUCUAGUUCUUAUUCCUUCUUUCCAGACAAGCCAGUCACGCAGUAUCCUCAUGCUGUGGGGAAGAACACCCUGCUGAUUGCUGGACUCCAAGCACGGAACAAUGCUAGAGCUGUCUUCAGUGGUUCUAUCGAUUUCUUCAGUGAUGCCUUCUUUGAAUCUGCUGUGCAGAAAGCAGUCCCGGGCGCUGAACGAUUUCCAAAAACUGGGAAUUUUGAACUGGCAAUGGCACUGUCCCGCUGGGUAUUCAAAGAGGAAGGAGUUCUCCGUGUUGGAAAGGUGUCUCACCACCCUGUUGGGGAAACCAAUCCACCAAAUGCCUAUACCAUAACUGAUCUGGUGGAAUAUAGCAUUGUUAUUGAAAAACUCUCCAAUGGGGAGUGGAUCCCAUUUGAUGGGGAUGACAUUCAACUGGAGUUUGUUCGCAUUGAUCCCUUUGUUAGAACCUACCUAAAGAAAAAUGGUGGUAAAUAUAGUGUGCAGUUCAAACUGCCUGAUGUCUAUGGUGUGUUCCAGUUUAAAGUGGAUUACAACAGGCUUGGAUACACCCAUCUUUAUUCUUCCACUCAGGUAUCUGUUCGUCCUCUUCAGCACACACAGUACGAACGUUUCAUUCCCUCUGCCUAUCCAUACUACGCCAGCACCUUCUCCAUGAUGGUUGGCCUCUUCUUGUUCUCGGUGGUCUUCUUGCACAUGAGAGAGAAAGAGAAGGCGGAGUGAGGGAUUGGAGAGCGUUCUCUAUUCUGGGUAUCUCCAGUGCUGAGAGCUUUAAGUUGGUUUAAAUUGGUGAGGGAUGAUUGCAAAUUCUAGCCUUUCUGGAGCUUAUGCCACCUCAGGAGCAACUAAACUACAAAUCCCAUUUAUUGUGAUCCCUCCGUUGAUCAGAGGUUACCAUGUGCUGCAGAUUGCAGAAAGUGGGUGUAUCAAUUUGAGUGUUGAUUUCUUUUGCACUGUAGAAUAAAUAACUUCGUUUUUAAAAAAAAAACUGCCAGAAGUGUCGGAGUCAUUUUCCAUUAAGAGACUAAAACCCUUGGUUAAAAAUAAUGGAGGAAACUGAAGAACUUCUGUUUCUUCAGCAGUUGCAUUCAAAGUUCCAGAAACAUAAGAACAACAAAAUCUGCCAAGUUUUCCGACAGGCGAACUCCAGUUCAAUUGGAAGAUCUGAGUUAAUAGAACCACUUGUGGUCUCUUUGGCGGGAUCAUAUCAUUUAGCAAAAGAGAUUAAAAUAAGUGAGCAAAAUUUUAUUUUCAGAUCAAAUUAUGUUUUUUAAGAAAAAUUCUCCCCAGCACUUAAUUCUUGCACCUACAUUGAUGUAACUUCUCGAUUUAUGUUUCUUAUCAUUGGAAAUAAAGUGAAACAUUCCAUUGA